AUGCGUGGCGCGACGGAUGUGCAGCUGGCGGCCGCGCGGGAGGACCGACUGCAGCGGGCACUGCAGGAAAACCGCCAACUGAAGCACGAGGUGCAGGAUUUGCGGGAGAAGCUGAAGGUCGUCCAGGUGAAGUUCUACAGACUGACGCGGGACUUGAAGCGUGUGCCGCCGGAGAUGCUGCAGCCGCUGGACGACGUCGCUCCCGCCACGCUGCCGAAGGUCCGCCCCGCCUCUUCCGGCGGCGCCCAUGCGGAGCCGCAGCGCCUGCGGGGGGCCACCGGCUCCGCGGGACGGGGCCCCCCAGCGUCGUUGCCGCGUGUGGAUGCCACGGGCGGCGGACCCGCGGACGCGGAGGCGGCGUCGCAGGAGCUUCAACGCUGCCGCGAGGCGCUGCAGCGGGCCCAGCUAGAAAUUGCCUCGCUGCGUGCGGGGGCGCCGCAAGCCGCGGGAGGGGCCACCACCACCGCCGCCGCCGGCACCGCCCCGCUAUUCUCGUCGUCGCCGGCGGUGAGUCUUGUCUUGGAGCAGCUGCGGCAGGACCUCGCGCGCGCGGUGGCUGAGCGGGACCGGGUGGCCGCGGAGGCUGACGCUCUGCGCGAGCAGUUGUCCCGCACCCGCGCGGAGUCUGAGGCCACGCUUCUCCUGCAGCAGCAGCACCGCUCUUUUGAGCGGCACUCCUUCGACGUCCUCCACGAGAGGGCCGAAACGGCCGAAGGGGCGCGACGGCAGUCGGAGUCGGAGUAUCAGAGACUCAUUGAUGCGCUCACGCGCGAGAAGGAUGCGUUGGCGCUCAAGCUGCGUCUUACGGAGCAGGAGAACUCUGAACGCUCGAAGGAGCUCGCCGCGGUGGACCCCACAGUUCUUCUUCAGUUGCAGAACGAGGCGCAGGACAAGGCGAAGCAGAUUCCGCUGCUCACGAGUCGGAUACAGUCGGCCCAGCAACAGGCGGAGACACUCAAAGGGGAGUGUUCCCGCCUUCUGGAGGAGCUGAAGCGCAUUCACGCCAUGCAUGCGGAGACCAAGCGACAGCUGUUUGAAGCUGAACACGAGAAAAGUCUGCUGCAGGUCCGCUGCACGAGGCUGGAGGAGCUGGAGGGGACGCUGCAGCGCAAGAGCGAGGAACUGAUUCACAUGGAGCAAGAGCUGCUUCGGACGGCGGGGACGCUGCAGACGUGCAACCGAGAGACGGAGGAGGCGGUGCGGCGGGAACUCUCCUCGCGCAUAGCGGACCUGCAGGAGAUGCGGGACAGUGCUGAGCUCAGACGACGCGAGAAGGAGUCACAGCUGCUUGACGCGCAGCGUCAGCUUGCCGAGGUGCGGCGACAGUUGGAGGUGGCCCGCGGGGACGCCGCCAUGUACCGCGAGCAGCUGCAGAAGGCGGAGACGGAAAUCACGGAGCUGACGACGCGGGCCGCGCUUAGCGGGCCCGCAACUGAGGAUUUGGGGGAUGCGCACGUGCAGCGCGCACUCACAGUGGCGGCGAUACGCAAAACCGCCUCGCAGCGUUCCGGUGCCGCCGGUGAGGCGGAGGAGGCACUCGACAUGUGGGACGCGUUGAAGUGGGAUGACAACUGGGAGGCCGACCAGCUGCGUGAGGCGUUGGCGAGCGCGGCCCUCGACAUGGAGCUUGCGGACACGCGCUGCGCGCAGAUGAGCACGCAGGUGGAGCAGGGCCGCUCUCUUUUGCAGCAGAUCUCGCAGGAGAGGGAUGCACUCCUGGAGGAGAAUAUAGAGAUGCGCCGUCGGCUCUCGCAUGUUCAAACCGUCUUUGCGAAGCAACAGCUCGAGGCGUAUCAUGCGGCGAAGCAGCGCGGGGCGGAUUCCGCGGAGGCACGAGCCGGCCUCAUCUCCUUCCACAUACGAGGCGUGGAGUGUGACACGGGCCUCCUGCGUUCGCUCGGCAUUGGCGCGGCAGCGGGGGCCGCCGUGUCCCUCUUUUUCACCAUGGAUGGGCUGCAGUCCUACGAUACGAUGCUGUCGCAAACCUUUUACGCCCUGGACGAGCCGCUUGAUAUUCGCUUCCGCUACGACCACCUCGACCGAGACGAGGUGACGGUUGCUGAUAUUCGAAGCACAACAUUUGUCUUCCAGCUUCACCAGGUAAAAGGGGCAGCGAGCGUCAUUGUCGCGAUGGGGGAGAUCCCCGGGGUGGCGCUCUUGUCGUGUCGCGAGCUGGCCGUCUCCGAGCGGGUUCCCAUGGUGAGCGGGAGCGGGGAGCCGGCGGGCGCCAUCACAGUUGAGGUGUGUGCGUCCAACCUGAUGUUGCCUGUCCUGCUUGACCGGCAGCUAAGCAGCACCCUCUUUACGGCAGAGGCACUGCGGGCGGCUUUGGUGGGGCUGCGGAGUGUGGUGGCCCUAAGAGUGCAGGUGUUCCGCGCAGAUGGUUUACUGGCCACGCCCGUGCCUCAACCGUACGUGUUCUACACCACCUCUGCCCCAGUUGGGCUAAGCUGCGUGCGAGACACGGUGGUGCGCCCCUCCUCCAAGCCGUUCACAGCCGACCCGGUGUUUGACGCCGACCCCGUUGACCACCGCCUGGUGAUGGACCGGGAGCUGGUGGAGUUCAUGGCGGUGGGCGCCGUUGUCUUUAUCGUCUUUGACGAGCAGGCGAAGGAUGUGCAGGCAAACCUGGGGGUGGCGGAGGUGCCGCUGCGGGCAUUGCUGGAGUCCCCGCAGGCGCUGGUGCGCACGACGGAGGCCCUGCACCCACAGGGCACAAUUAGCGUCGGCCUCUCGUGGGUCUGCAGGGCAUAG